AUGUCCCUGUCGGCGGCCGACUACCUCUGUUCCCUCUGGGAAUGGGAGAAAGUCACAUCAAAUCCCUGGGUACUGUCCACACUCAGGGAUGGCCAUAUGCCGCAGUGGAAGCGAGGCCCUCCUCCUUUCUCCGGGAUUCGUUGCACUCCAGGGCCGAACUCUCAGGAGAAGGCGGAUAUACUCUGUGCCGAGGUCCAGUCAUCGCUGGACAAGGCAGCCAUCGAGGUGGUUCCGACGGGCCAGGAAAAUCAAGGGGUUUAUUCCACUUAUUUCCUGGUUACCAAAAAGGACGGAGGAGUGUUGAGCUGGGCGAAGAAGAAGAAUCGAGAUGCCAACCCAAGUGUAACAGCAGCCAUGAGGACAGUAUUUUACAUGGCCAAAGAAGACAUUCCAAUUCAAAAGUACAGUAGCUUGAUGGAAUUUCAGAAGAUUGAGGGAAAUGAGGAUAUUGCAAAGUUAUCAGUGGGAAGUAAUGCAACCUAUAUGUCUCAAACAGCAGGGGAAGAAUUUCAAGAAUCAAUUGCAGAAACUAUUCACAAAGAUGUUAUAAAACAAAUCCGAGCAGCUGACAUGUAUUCUAUUCUUGUUGAUGAAAGCACAGAUAUUGCUGUCAACAAGCAAAUGAUACUGUAUGCCAGAAUGGUUGAUCCUGUGUCCUUCACACCUCUGACAUUUUUUGUGAAGAACAUUACAAUAAGAGAUCCAAGAUCUGAUGCUGAAGUUCUGUUCAAGGCAAUACAGUCUGCCUUGAAUGAAGAAGGGCUUUCAAUGUCAAAGGUGUAUGGUUUCGGUUCAGACGGAGCAGCUGUUAUGGUUGGCAGAAAAAGUGGUGUUGCUAAGAGUGUUAAAGACAACAGUCCCCAUUGUGUUAACAUUCACUGUAUGGCUCACAGAUUUAAUCUGGCCACGUCACAGGCAUCCAAGAACAUUGAUGAACUGAAAAGCUUUGAGAAAACACUGGUUGACUUAUACUAUUACUUUGGGGGAUCAAAAUCAGGAAACAGAAAAUGUGAAUGGAUUGCAUUCCUGGAUGCAGUGCAAGCAGUGUACAAGUCUUGGCCUGCAUUGAUUGAAUAUUUCAAAAAGCAUAGUGAUCAGAAAUCAAAGAGCUUCCUUGAAACACUGAGCAGUUACAGAUUUAUUGCUCUUCUGCAUGUCCUGAUGGAUGUGUUACCCUCUGUAGCACAAAUGUCUUUGGUCUUUCAGAAACAAGAUAUUGACAUCGCAGUUGUUCAACCAGCCCUGAAUGGUUUAAAGAACAAACUGACUUUAAUCAAAUCUGGUCAAUCACACUAUCAGGCUGAGUUCAAGGAGCAGAUAAAGUGCGUAAUAGACAAGGACACUGGACAUACAAAGUCAGUGAGUUUCAAGAAACACAAUCUUUCUUUUGAGGGACGGCUUUCAGAAACAACCAAAGCUGUGUCAAAGGUCAGAAAUGACUUGAGUGAUAACAUGUCUAGGAACAUGAGAGAAUGAUUUCCAGAAGAAUCUUUGAAUGUGGCAGAGGCGUUCCAUAUUUUUGGCAUGAGGCCCCUUUCGCUUCUUUCAGAAAAAGAAAGACAUGAGUAUGGGCUCAAAGAACUGGACUUACUCCUAAAUCACUAUGGCAAACAGAUUGAACACAGUCAUCCAUUAGUAAACCCAGAUGCCACAAGGGAAGAAUGGGAACUUGCUAAGGGUGUUGUCAUUGACAACAUGUACCCAAGAGACAACACUAAGCACCUGUGGAAGUUGUGCUCCACAAUUUCCACAAAAAUCUGUUACCAAACCUUUUCACCCUUGCAGCCUUGGCAUUACUCAUGCCUUAUCAAACAGACUGCGAGAGAGGUUUCAGUGUUCAGAACAAUAUCAAAACUACAAAGAGAAAUCGAAUGGAGGAAAGCCACCUAAACAGACUCAUGACAAUAAAAUGUGAAGGUGGAAAACUGGCAGACUUUGACUUCACCAACUCUUUCAACCACUGGAAACUUAAAAAAGAUAGAUUUUUUAAACAAUAAAUGAACAGUUCUGAGGUUAAACUGGCAAAUAGACUUCUUACUGAUAGAAGAGGAUGUGCAGAAACAAUUUAUUAUGUUGUUUUCUUAAGUUCAAGUGUUCAAAUGUUGUUUUCAAGUUUUGAGAUACUCAUGUUAGUUAUUGUAUUGCUGUGCGACAAUGAAUGUUGUGUCAAAGAAUGAUCAUAAGUCUUAAGAACUUUGAUUCAAAAGCAAGUUUUACCAAAUGUAAUUCUAUUCAUGGUUUUUGAAUUGUCAAGACUUGUGUAUUUAAUAUUAUCAUAUGACAGGCUGUGAUGAAAACUUGAUACCUUGCAUUCUCACAUGAUUGCAUUGACUUCAGCUCUAGUCAUAAUGUGUAAACAUACCUAUGUGCAAUUUGCUCAACUGUUAAGGGUUGGAUUUGAAAGUUUCCGGUUAUUCAUGUUAGUUAUUGCUUUGAUAAUGAUAUGAGAUAUUGUGCCAAAGAGUAGUCAGAUGUAAUCAACCUUAGUCAACUCAAGUGAUAAAUGUACUCAUUGGUUUAUUGAUACACAAAAUCACAAUCCUCAAGAGCAUGAUUUAUUAAUAUCUGUGUACUAUCAUACAUAAAACAAUGGUGCAUUAAACUUUUUAAAGUUGAAUCUGUUUUAUUCUUCUUAUUGUCAGCUAUUAUUUGAGAUUAUGUCAAAUACCUGAACAAGUAUCGGCCCUUCUUUCAAAACCAAAGUGGGACAUUGGCCCCUAUUAUUUAGAACUCAGAAACUUAUGGGCCCCUUUUUCAAAUCUGAGGGGGCAUUGGGCCCAUUUUUUUC